AUGGACGAAAGCAGUGGGGCUCCGCCUGAAUCAGUAAACCGCGCUUCAUGGGAGAAUUUCGAGGGAGAGAAUGGCAAGAUUAACAACCAUAUUUGUCACGAUAUUUCCUCUGGUGUGAAGGAAGAAAAUCUUUCUGACAACAGUGCAUUAAUUAGCGAUCCUAAAGCUCUCAGACAACCCGGUAAUUCUUCACUUAAUGGUGAGAAGAGCCUCACAGGAACUGACUUUAAGGAGAAUUUAGAUGAGAAAUCACAACAUUUGGAGACAUCGCCGAGCGCGAUAAACAGUGUAGAACAAUUUAAUCUUGAACCUGUAGUUGAUUCCUCGAAUCGUCUGGAAACGAGUGAUCAGGGAUUAGAUAACGCGUUAGGUAAUCGCGAAUCUUCUCCAAUAUCGAAUACAGGUGAAUUGUCUACCGAAAAAACUUUCAUUCAAUCAAACGAUUUAUCGGAGCACUCGGCAGAUGGUAUUGUGCUGAACGGAGAAAGCGAAUCACGCUUUUCAGCUGUCGACGAACCGCUUGCCGGAGAAAAGGUUAUUUCUUCAGCAAAAUGGACCACGUUUGAGGAUAGUCGUGAUAAAAAAUUGCACACAGAUGGAGUUGAAAGCAAAUCUAAAGAGUUAUCGAUCGACGAAAAACAGAAAAACUCGAAUAUAAACACACCCAGGACAACCCCGAACAUGGCGGCUUUUGAUUCCCAAGCCGCAGUAACCACAAAUAUUAUCUCCAAUUUGCCUAUCGUAACCGACCCUGGUACCUUUGAGGUUCACGCUGCAUCAUUUAAUCAUAAAAAAAAUGGAGAAGGUUUAGCUUCGAAUUCGAAUUCUACGAGCGCUAUGCGAUCAGCUGUUCCUAUUGUCAACCAAGCUUCACCUAACGACAAUGGCGCCCUUCCCUUGUCUUCAGGCAGUUCACAGGAGCCCCGACCCAGCGAUACCUCAAUCACAAACCAUCUAAAAGGAACUGAAUGGGUCAGUUUUGGUGAGGAAGGGAAUUCCAAAGAAAACCAGGCGGGCAAAACAAGUGUAAGUGGGAACGAACAUGGUAACUUAGAAACGGCGAAGCGUCCUGUUGAAAACGAUCUUCGGAAAGGCGAUUUAACUGUUAAUGACACAAAACAUACAUCAACCUCUACCGUUUUACGAGUAGAAAAGGAGUUGAAUGGAAAAAGUUCAGACCAAACGGCUUCAGUAAUUCCUCCCGUGUCGUUUACCUCGGCCGAAUUGGAUUUACUUGCGAGUAAAUCGUGGAUACAGUUCGAUGAGUCUAGCAACAGUAAGUCAGUGCUGCAAUCGAACUCAAGCGUUGUUCAAACAUCGUCCGCUUCUCACUCGUGGGUCACGUUUGGUGAUUCCAACAUCCCGGUAGGUCAGAAUUUAGACCCUUUAGAGUUGGAUGUUAGUAGUAAGAGCCAAUUCAGUCUUUCAACAUCGAGAAGCCCAAAUCCAUUCACAACGGUACCUCCUUCAUCAACAACCAAUCCUUUCAAGCCUGCUACGCCAAGUAAUUCAAAUCCAUUCCAGGCUGAUGCUACCGCUGUUGUUUCUUCAAGCCCUUAUUCUACAUCAGGUCAAGGUCCAAUUUCUUCUUCAACACCUCUUACUGGUGUGAAAAAAAUGUUGGUCGCUGAGGGUAGUCUACAAGAGGCUGGUUUACCACCCACAGCUGAUUUGAACAUUCCCCAUGGUGUGUGUCCUCUCAGUAACUCAACACCAGUUGACAACAACCAGGCAGUGGUUGCUCAAGAUCAAGUUGAUGCAAGAUCUAAAGUACCAGUUAGUAAAACUCAGCAGCCUGCCCAAGUUUGCGAAGAGCCACUGCACGAGGAGAGGUCAUUGACCACAAGUGGCUCAUGGUCUAUGCUUCUCCGCUUCCCUGACAAGAAACGGAAAAUUGGAUCUCGUGAGUGGAAGCCAGUGGUUAUAAAGUUAGAGGGUACCACCUUACAGAUUUUUGAGGAGUAUGAAUUAUCAGCACCCUUCAGAGAGAUUCCUCUACAAGCAUAUUUUGUGUUCACGACACCAAAGUUGCAGUCCUUUGAACAUGGAGCUAAAGUUCAUGCAGUUAAGUUAGAGUAUGUAAAGUACUCAGAAACUAGAAGCCUACGUCAUCGUGGCACUGUUGAACACGUGGCACAAGGAACACCCAUCAUUAAAGUGGCAUCUCCAAGUCACAAAGUCAUCAGAGAACUUCUUGAAUCUUUCAACAACUCUCUUCGUCUUCUUCCAUCUUACAGAGACAGAGGAAUAACAUACCGUCAUGAUGAAGUGUUUGUUGAUAUUGAAGAUGUCACAAAUGUUCUAUCAUCUGGUGAUGGUACCAUUCUAAAGAAGAAUUCAAAAGUUUUAGUCAAGUUUCGUGCUUUUCUUACAGGCGAUCCUGAAUGUCAGUUAGUUCUAAAUGAUAUUGUUCUAAGAGAACGAGAGGAAGCUCGUCUACAAUCCGAGGAAAAACCUCAGAGGGUUCAUCAUUGGGUGAAACUGCGUCGUUGUGAUUUUCAUAAGUGUGUCAAUGUCACAACUUUUGAACAAUCACAUGCUAUUACAUUUCAUCCAUUAGAUGCAUGUACUUUUGAGCUCAUGCGAUUUCCAGUUGACCAUCACAAGCCUUUACCUCUUCUGUUAAAGACUGUGUUGAAUGUCCAUAGUGAGCAAAGAGUUGAACUCAAAGUAGAAAUCCAAGUGUGUCAGGAAGCAAAGAUGGCGAAGUACAUUCGAAACAAUGUGAUUUUCAGAUUUCCCAUUCCAGAAACUUGGGUACCUCUUUUUAGAACAACAAAGGCCUUUAGAGGCGAGAAGUCCAUCAAAUCCAGUAAGGGGAACCGAGCUGCAGGAAUUAAGAGCAGACUGAGGAAUUCUAAGUGUUCCAUAGCUGUGUCUCUUGGCAAAGCAAAGUAUGAACCAGAAUAUGCAUCUGUGGUGUGGAGAAUUGAUCAACUACCUUUCAUCCACAGCAGAAUUCCAGCGGAUGCACCACAAACACUCACGUGUGUUCUAGAUCUGCCUCCUGGAAUGGAAUACCCAGAAAACUUCAAACCCACUGCAGAGCUUGAGUAUGAUGUGGCCUAUGUGCUAGUUUCGGAUACCACAGUGAUUGCUGUCAAAGUAUCCAAUCAGAACAUUCCUGACAAAUGGGUCUGCUACAGGGCACUGUACCACUAUGAGGUCAACAUUGACAUUUCCAGACCAGCCUCUGGUCCAGUCAGAGAUGUCGGGUGUACACAGCAGUAGGAGGAAGCAGGACAAGAGUACUGUUCUCAGUUAUAUUUGGUAUGUACUGACUUCCAUAUUGGAAAUUUUUUUUUAUUGCAUACAGUACUCUGAUGGUCCUGGUAAGAGUAGUUCUGAAAGUGACUGUUGUCGGUAACAUUAGUUUCUGCAACCUAAACUGUUAUGACCAUCCAAGUCAAAUUACUUUGCUGAUAUCUUUGUCACUUGAAUCUGGUGAUGCAGAGGUGGCAGAGCACUUUGAAGUGUUGAGGGGCUUGGCCUGUAUACCAAGCCAAGUACAUACCCCUACUCAAAUUUUCCCAAAAAGAUAUACUGAUUUUCACUUCUUGAACAUGCGCAAGAGCUAUUCAAAGGAAAUUAGUCCUAACACAUUCAAUUUUGUCAAGCAUGAUCCUGAUGAAAUGAUUUGGAAAGAGUGCAAGACUGAAUAUUUUUCAAACAAAUUUUAUGCUGUGCCAAAAAUAUCAUAGGGGGACUGAAACAUGGGAGCAGAGGGAGGGCUGAGGCCCCCUAAAUCUAGGCUUGGGGGGGAUGUUGUCCCUCUCCCCCUUUCUUUCUGCUCUGGCGCUAUGGAAUGAAUUCCUUUCAGGCUGUUGAAAUGGCAUUUACAGACAUGGUUAGCAGUCUUUCAAAGGAUUUGCCUUACCUGGGCCAUUAAACUUUGCAAUUGGUUACCUCUCCUGGACUCAAACCAUUCACCCUCUUCACUUCAGGGUGUGAUUGAAAAUGAAUUUCUCCUUACAAUAUCCAUACAUUUUUGUGCAUUAAGGCAAUUUGAGAAUUAAAAAAGGGGAUUUCAUUUGAUUUUGCAUCAAAUUGUUUGAUCCAAUAGUGCAAGAAAUGUUUGGUGAAGGGUGAAGAAUUGAUUGGGUGUGAAAAGGGACAGUGUGGAAUCUUGAAUUUUUGGCAUAGAACAAAAAAAAAAUUUGCAAAUUCAUCUCUGACAAAUGAAACAUAUGGUAAAGAGGUUCUUUUUCAAGCUGCAGCAAGUACUUACUUGUAGUGCAUUGCUGGUUGUUGUUUUUUUUUAUUUUUUUUUUUAAGGCGGCUAAAUUGAUGCAGCUUACUAUGCCAAACUGCUUUAUUUAGGAGGUCAGAGAAUUUUUCUUUUAAUGCAAGUGACUGAAAACUUUAAUUUAUGAAGGCCAAGUGGCUUUACCAAUGAUUGUAAGUCUUAAAGAUGAAAAUAAUUGUUUUGGAAAAACCUAGAGAAAAGUCUUCAAUUUUGGUUAUUUAGAGCUGUGUUUCAUCUGCCCUACGCAGCCAGAGUUGAUAGGUUUUACAUUAUUUACAUUGUGCUAUUUGGGUUUAAACUAUUAACUUUGCAUUGACAGAACACCCAGUAUUGAGCAGAAUCUACCAAGAGUCUUGGGAAUGUCAGCUUAAUAUAGGUUUCACUGUCCCUUUUUUGAAUUGUUGAUCACAAUUCCAUCUUUGUGCUUAGAGACAGAAACAGUCUCCAUUAGAAAUGCACUUGGAUUUGUUGCCUAAAGUGCACUUUGCUGAAGUACAAAUGUUUUCUUUGCAUCUUCAAUUAGAUUUUGAGACGUUGUUUUGAAGCAAGGUGAACAAUUUUCAUGGUUUGAAAGUUACUGUCAUAAUUUAAUUGAUUUUUUAAACUUUUUUCCAUCUAGGUCAGGUGAAUGAAUUCUAAUGGAUGACAGUGUCAUAAUGGAAGGCCAAAUACAUGUCACCUUGGCCAUGGUUUGCAAUGAUUUGUUGAGUCUUACCUACAUAUUUUAUAUUUUCUGUUGUUGCUGUACUUUUUUUGUUAAAAGAAUGGGUGAGGAAUAGCAACUCUUAAAGAAACUGCAGGAAUAUCAUAUUGUUUUCAGCCAUUUUUAAGUAACAUUUUAGAGAAUUUGACUUGAAAUAGUUUGGUAGUGUGGAAAAACAUCAAAGAGAUAAAAAUUUUCUGAAAAGGAAUGAGAGUGUUCAUAGAUGGUUAGGAUAAAUGCAGAUUGCCAACAUUGAACCCAAAGCAUUCAGGUUUUUUUUUAUUAGUUUUAAUUUUUUUUUGUGAUUAUGUGCAAACUGAGCUGUGGCUCUGGUUAGAAAAACAUUUUUAUUUUUAGAGUUCAAUCCUGAGCCAAGUUCAUAAGAUUUUCUUGAGCAGCUCUGCCUUCUCUCUGUUUCAUUCCUUUUUUUGUUUUCAAUUUUAAGAUAGGUGUAAUCCAUAAUGAUGGUGACAUGAUUAUGGAGUUCACCUAUUUUUUGUGAGACUCUUUCACAUGCUCUUUCUUUUUGGUUUAUAUUUUGGCUCAAGUAUUGUCAGCUGCUUUCUGUUCAGGAAAAUCUUUCCAACAGUGUAAUUAACAAUUUCCUAAAGAAACUGUUGUGUCAAUCAAAUGAAUGGUCUCAAGUCAAGUGCUAAAAAUUGCAUGUGGUAUUGUAUUCCAAUUUUUCAGGCUAGAAUAUCAAAAAUUUGUUGCUUAGAACUUGUGGCUUGUAAACUUGCCUGUGAAUAAUUAAUAAGAAAAAAAAGAGUGUGGUAUCACCUUCAACAGUUAAUUUUAAGGUGCUAAAGCAGUACAGGGAUGAACUUUGCUUUCUGAUGUUUUUGGAAUUCUUUUUCUUUUUUUACUAGUUUCUAUUAUUUAUAAGAAAUUUAAGUCAGCGCAAAGACUAUCACAUCAGAGAGAAUAUUUUAUCACAGCUUUUCAUUUUAGCGAUCUCAUACCAUCCCUUACUUUUAAUUUGUUUCAUUUAUUAUUAACCUUUUAAAGUAUAGCACAGGGUAAUUGUUGUCAAGUUGUAACAAUACAGCAUCAUUUGCGAACUGAAUUUUAUAUUUUUUGAUGGAAUAAGGAGUUUUUUAUGUGUACUACAGUGCUUCUGAUGGGAAGUUAUAACUUUUAUUUGAAAUGUUUUUGGUGAAAGUUUUACUAUUUUCAAGUUAGAGUAAAAAUUAUUCCCUCAGUGUGAUGACCUACUUGGAAAACAGGAAAAAAACCAUGAGUGUUAUUUCUGUGGCACUUGAAAUGUUGGCAGUUAGUUUGAAUGUACACCUCAAGUGUUCUUCCUUAUUUUAAGUGAUGAGGUAAAAUGAAUUUUUUAUUUAACUUUUGGAGCAAUCCUUUUAAAUGUGUUAUCUUCUAGAAUACCAUCGGCUGUAACAAGAAGUACAACAGCGGGUAAAUUUUAUGGGUUAAAGCCUGAAAAGGAGAAUACUGUACUUGGUUCAAUCUAUGAUUUGAAUUCACAUUUUUUUUAUUGUUUUUUUGUGAUGGUAAAUAUAUGGAUCAUUAAGAAUGCUUAAGAAUUUGAAUAUCAAUAGAAUAUUAGCCAAACUCUAAGUUCUCAAAAUCAAUAACACCUUGACAAGUCAAAGUAUUUAAUUUCAUUCCUUUUUAAGGUUCAUAAAAGAAGAUUUUAUCAAACAGACCAUUUCAGAAAAGACCCAAGCCUCUGUUUCAAGGUGAGGCUUGUUGCAUAACCUUUGUUGGGAUAAUGACCUUUUAUUGUCAGGUAAAUAUAAGUCAUUUUCACAAUGAAGGCUUUGCACAGGGCUCAUUUUCAAAUGAGGGCUCUUGAAGCUCAGAAAUGGCCUAUUUUUUAAAAACAGUUGUGCACAGGGCCAUUGUUUUUUUUAGCAAGAGGGAAAUUGUCUCUGACAAUUACUUCUUACAAACUCUUUUUUUACAAGACUGCUAUUAAGCCCAAAUUUAAGUGACAAUAAAUCAUAUAGUUUCCUAGCAGUCAACCCUUUUAUUCUUAGGUGUGACUAAUGACUAUUUUCUGAGUACAAUAUCCAUACACUAUCAAGCAGAAAGGUGAUGUGAAAAAAAGAAAUAUUGUAACUGGAAGAUUUAGUUGGAUUUAAUAUCAAAUUUGUAAGACAUUCAUGGGAGACAGUAAGGAGAAUUGAUUUUGGAUUGGGGGGGGGGAAUGGCAAAGGGGUUAAAUCAUAGAAUUGGAUUCAAUUUAAGCACCAUUGAAGAUUGCCUAUCAUUUAAAAUAGAUUAAAACCUUGAAGUAAUGAUUUACUUGGGUAAAGGGAUACCACUGAGGUACAAAUAAAUCAAAAAGGAUCUAGGAUGUCCAAGAAUGGCAAGGAUUGAUUAAGAUUACACACAGAAAUCUUGUGAAAUUCGGGCUGAAAUUUUCAAGGGAGACAAAUAGUGAUGCAGCCAUUUGCAUCGUAUCUUUAGCGAAGAGAGAGUUUUGCUUCAGACUGUUAUGUAAACAAUAACUGCAGCAAAGAUUCUCCUAUAGUUUGUUAACUAUGACUUUACUUGACUGUUAUCUUCAUAUUGAAGACAGACAUAUCUUAGAGUUAUUGGGAAUUGUAACAUGUUAUUCAAUCAUGAACUGGGUAAAUGUUUUUGGUUUUGAAAUCUGAGGUUUCUUAACCUUUCAUGGAAAUAAUAGCAGAAUACUGUUUUAAAUCUUUUUUAUUACUGUAUGCAAAGCCAAUCAAAGAGACCUACAUUGUCAUAACUGAAAAAUGAUUGCUUUCGCAAUGAUUACUUCUGAAGUAUUAGAGUUAAAGUAUAAGUAACUUAAAAUAGAUAAAACACCAUGGGUAGCUCUUAACCCUUUGAUUCCAGUGAGUGAUCAAGACAGAAUUUCUCCUUAUUAUAUCUCUUCAAUAUCAUGCAGGCAAGUAAUGAGAAUAGAGAAAAAUAUCAGUUAUAAGAUUACUAAUUGAUCUGAUGCCAAAUUCUCCAAACUUGCACAAUGAGAAUCAUUUAGCAGACAGUAAGGAGAAUUACUAAUGAGAUCUUGGAAGUUUAAGGGUUAAAGGCCAGUUUUAUCCUUCACAGGAAUUUUUAACACUUCACUUGUUUAAGUGGAUAAAGAUAUUCUUUUAUAUGUCAUUUUUAUUCAUAUUUUUUGGGGUUAGAGUGUCAAAAAUUGUUAUAAUUUCCGGUACUCUAUGAACAGUUUCAGGAUUUGAUUGUUCAUUCUCCUCUCUAGCUGCUACACACUUUCCUGUGAAUGAGUAACCAGAAUUUGGUCUUAUAUUAAGAUAAGAACUUCUACCUGAUAAUUUUAAGUAUUCUCAUUACCUGUUUCCUGGGUAAUGUAUGGAUAUUUUAGGGAGAAAUUACUUUUAAAUCACUCCUGCGAGUCAAAGGCUUAAGUUUAGAGGUGGGAAAUGGUAAUGUGUUACAUAUGUGAGGGGUUUUGUGUGUAGCUAGCUGUUAGUAGUAAAUAGUAAUGUCAUUGUAACUAAACAUAGCGCAACAUUCAUUAUAUUCUACGUACUGUAAAGGAUUGUGUGAGCUUCACAGACUUUACACAGAAAAUGCAUAUUGUACUCUAUAUAUUAAGUAUUCAUCAGAAAAUGUACUACACACUACGAAUAAAUAGCAUG